UGGAGUGCGUAGAUCUUAUAUUGAAAAGAAUGGGUAUACAAUCCCAAAUAAUUGUGUCUUUGUUAUUGGUAAUGUGUUACUCGCUGCCGGUAUGGUGCAAAUCAUGUUAAACAGCAUUAAUUGGCACGAAUUGGAUAUAGUUUUCAAAACCCUCAAUAAAAAAGUCAUCCCAUUAAACCCGUAAAUAAGUGGAUAUACGAUAUACUUACAAAAGUGUAUACAUUUUUCCUGUACAUUAUAAUUUUAAACCACAUAUAGAAAUUUUAGUGGAACGACCACCAUCCUCUUUUGAUGUUAUAAUGGAAUCGCCGUUGUGUGCUGUCGGAGAUCUGGAUCGAAAAGGGCAACCAAGUAAAUCCGGCAGCAAGUUCGAAAAUUCAUCGACGCUUGACAAAAUGAAUUCCAGCAUGAAUAGCACAUUGGAUGACACAACGCCAAGUGAUUCUGGUGUGCAGAUGCUAGAUUCUGAAUCAAGCGAGUUCAUGGUAGAAUCAAUUUCUUCCCAAACUGGUUUCGACUUUGAAGAAGUAAAAACAUGCAAUGUACAAGAACAUAACGCUAGUCGUGAGCAAGUUGCAGUGGUUGCAGCGCCAAUGCCUACUGUUAAAGAACGUCAUUUUGUUAGCGCAGUAUUUGAGGAAAUUGUGGCUGGCUUGGACACAAAUUCCAAUGUUACCACAACCGACGCACCGAACGAUAAUUCAACAACUAACGUUCCCGUUGAAGAUGCUAUGACUACAAGCACCUGUUCCACUUUUGAUACCACAGAAAAUAUUGUAUAUCGGCGUAAAGCGCGCAAGACCCCCAUUGCACCUAAAGCGCCUAAGAAGCGUGUAUCCUUUCACGAAGACAUACUUAAAAAUACACGAACCGACAACAUACAUAUUGAACAUGGCUUCAUCACAUAUAAGUCCGGUCGUAAAGCACUGCAACAUGUAGGAGUCGCGGGACGUUAUUCUUGGUGCUCGGAAGGAGACGCAGGAGCUGUAGGUGGCGCAGCCGCACAAUCAGAACUGUGCGCCCAUGCGCAUGAAGAUGAAGCAGAUCAAAAUAGAUGCGAACAAAGGCGCCGUUGUGUGGUGUAUCGUAACGCAUGUUCGGAUGUGCUCGACUAUGGCAAUUCGGAUGUGUAUGAUAUGGAGGAACAAAAAGCAUUACAAUAUGAUAAUUCUGGUGUUUUUGAAUACAUGCCAAAAGAGCGUGACGGUGCUGCUGAUGGUGCUGGUGUAGGUAAUGGCGCUGAGGGGCAACAAGUGUUGUACCGGUGCUCUUGUUCUAGCUCUAAUUCCAGUUUGGACUCGGACGAAAAUGAUAAAAACUCAAAUAGGCAACAAUAUGGACAAGCGAAGAGCAGUUCAUGCGACUGUAUUGGCAUGAGUAAUGCGAACAAUAAUAUAAUAGGCGAUAACUGUUACUUCUCUGAACCAAAUAUCGACAAUCUAAAUGAAAAUAAUCCAAAAAAAUCGGUAUGGAACAAGGAGAAGAAACCCAAAUCAAGCUGCUUAAAGAAACCCAAACGAAACACCAAUAUCAUUUACGAACAGGAUCUGAGUACACGCGUCAAAAAAUUUAAUGUGCACGAUAUGAAUCAAUUAAUUGACAACAGCAGCAAGAUGAUUAUUGGUUCAUUGAAAAGCAUAUUCACAAUGCCGCUUCCAGAGCGCGGAGUGCCCGAAGGUUCUGAAGAUCUACAAUCAGUUGUGGAAUGCGUACCAGAAUUGGAACAAGCAACACCAGAGCACAAAUCGAAACCAUUAGCUGAGUCAAUGUUUGCACCGCCUUCGCCACCACUCAAGCAAAAGCCUUUCCUAAGUAAAAGCCUUGAUGGUUCCAAAAAGUCGCAGGGCGUCAAGAAAUUCGUUCACAAUGUCGACGAGCAAUUACGUCGUAAGAAUGAUGAAGAGAUCUACGCACCGACACGUCAAAGUAGCGCAGAAAAAUCCACAGCCACCGAGACACCCAGUAGAGUGUUGCAGAGGCAAGAAGAAAUCGAUGCAGACCAACGCCACGAUCUAGAGGCUACAUUUAAACAAAACGAACUCGUUGUUGAUUCUGCAGAUUUUGACGCGACAAAGCAGCUGUCGGCAGCCGUUGAGCAACCGUCGCAAUUUCGCAACAAAUUUAUUGUUAAUUGUGAGAGCACAGUUUUCGAACACACUGGUGUGUCAUAUUGUUACGAUACAAAUGAAAUGCUCGAACUUGACUUGGACACAGCUAGUAACACGCCUGGAAGUAUCGCGUCGAGCUUAUUGCUGGAAAAUGAAACCCCCAUUGCACAACCGGAACCAGAUCAUUUGCGUAGUGCAUUUAGCGCCGCACCCAUAGCAAAAACGUUUUCGAACUUCUUUCGCAGUUUUAACAAAGAUUCAGCUUCAACACCUAAUGCUAAGAAAACUGCUGCGGCGGCUUCUAAAAAUGUUGUAAAUGCUGUGGAAGGUACGCAGAGCAACUACGCGGAGAAUAAAUUUUCACCUAAAAUUCAAACCAAUUCACUCAAUGAAGUCUCCGAUCUCAAACAACCCCCUAAGCAUCCAUUGCCAAACACGAUCUCAUCGUCUACAAUAUCUGAGCUGACCAAUACCAGUGCAUGCUCUCUACCGCUGGCGCAAUCAAAAGCGACUACCACUUCUUCGCUCAACGUCGGCAGCGUAGGUAAUAACAGCAACCAGAGCUUGGUUAUCGGACAAGAGUUGCGUGGCAAUGUGGAAAAACAGCAGCGUCACUUGCCCUCGCCACUGAAAAAGCGUUCAAGUGGUGGAAAUUUAGCCACACAACCACAACGCUAUGGCACAAGUCUAGGUAGCAGUGGAAAUAUGACGCUUUGUCACGCCGAACCGACAAUGCUAAGUCCAGAUAUCUUUAAUUUGGGCAGCACUUCGGGCCUAGUAACCAGCACGCCUGGUGGCAGCGGUGGCUAUAUUGGUGUACGCGGUAGUUGUGGACGCGAUUCGAAGAGUACUAUACUCAGUGAGGAAUUCGAUGAUAUUAUAACCAUAACAACGGAUACGGAUAAAAAUGAAAGUGAUAUUGUCAUCGUAGAUUAUCCGAGUGAGAUUAGUGAAAGGCAAAUGAUGAGCGACUAUGCGAACCUAUUGAAGCCACCGCAACCAAACAAUGCGAAAACGUCGUUAAUUAAUCGCUUUUUGCGAAAUGUCACACAGAAAAAGAUACUCGAAUCUUCGAUACGCAAAAAUAAUUUCUUUGCUGACAAAUUACGUAGCGAGCAGAAACUCUUCUCUGGCAAUUUAUAUGUACCAGGUGUAAAGCCAAAGAAUUAUGAACUAAUUGAUGAUCUGAAUGCUGAGAUAGCGAUGGAGAUCGAAAUGUCGGGUGCGAAUUCGCCUCGACACGAAUUAGCACAAAUUGAGAACCUACCGGGCGAUGUGGCACGCUUUGAGCUUGGUAUAGGCGAAAUAUCUAUUGAUAUAUUUAAUGGCAACUAUUUGCAUAUACUAAGAGAUCCUACAGAGCAGCUUAUGAAAGUCUUCAAGUUAUACACCGGCUAUAGUCGUGAAGGCUAUAUGACCCCCGUGUUGGUUUUCCUUACCGAUCGCACAUUAUAUGUAACGGAUUUGGUGCGUAAUCGUUUAUGUUCGAAAUUUGUGCUCGCCUAUGUUGAGUUGGAUGUGAUAUUAAUGGGUCCCUUCGGCAAUACGGUGCUACUCAGUAAUAGCGCACGCGAUAUGCAACAAGUACUGUUAGCUGGUGGUCCGUAUCCCGCUGAUGGUUUGGUAGCAAAUUUGGAGAUGUGCGCGCGUCGUAGUGGCUCUUCACUACCCGCUGUCGGACAAUUGUCGUUUGCUCAUCUCGCCCCACUACAAGCAUUCGUGCGCGAUAAUUCAUCGGUUGGUCCUACAGACAUCUGGAUGUACUAUGCGGUGGUGAACGUGCCGGCUGGCGUCUUAGGUAGUGAGCAAGAACCCUUGGGACCGCACGUAAAGGGUUUUCUCAUGCAUCGGCGCAUCAAGGAUCACCAGUCGGGUAAUGGCUCUAACAAGCAUAUCUGGAAUCCCGGUUAUUUCUUGUUGAAGGCUGGUGUUUUAUACAUGUUCAAUGACUCAACUCAGAAAAUACCAAGCUGGGCUGUAGCGCUCGCCGAAUGUCAAGGUGCACGUCGCUCACUCAAAGCUGGACGACCACAUUGUUUCGAGAUUAUUUUGAAGGGUCAACUACUGCAAUUAGCCGCACCAGAUGAGUAUGUGGCCUCGGAAUGGCUACAAGCGCUGCUGCAAACUGCGAGUGGUCUAUUUGAAAUGCAGGAGAAGCACAAAACUCUUGGUUGCACGCUAGUAGUGACACAACAUCAUUUGAUAACAUUGCGUGAAGAUUUUUCAGCGCCAUUGAAGCAAAUCAACACUGAAACAGAAAAUUCGCAAAAUGUAGCGGGUACUGGCAAAGAUUUCGCAACACGCAUUAAUGAUGAAAGCAACCUGACAGCAGGCGAAACGGGAAGCUUAUUAAGUUCAGCAAUGAGUACACCAACCCGUUUUGCACCGAGAUCUUGCUCAUCGGUGAAUUCAACACCCACUAAACUCUCCCAGUUAUCGCAGUCCACAACUACAUGCGGCGACAACAACACACAUUCAACGUCUACAAAUGCCACCACCACCAAUGCAACGUCCUUGGCCACAACCACAAAUUAUUCCCGACAAAUACCGACAGAAUGUGCUAAGCAAACGGAUACACGUUACUCCAACAUGUAUAGCGUGUACGGGAAAGAUUCUGGUCUUGAGAUACUGACUUGUGCGGAUAUAAAAGAAAUGACGGGCAUUAAAAUACCAUCGCACAAUGAUACAUGGUGGUGCGUGCUGGAGUUCUCUUGUCAGGAGGUGCGCGAGAGCACCGAUGAUUUGGUGGUCUUCUUUGCCAGCAGCUCCGAAAUGCAACGUUUCUUGCGGCUACUCGAGCAAUUGUGGCAGGCAAAGCAUAAUGAUUUAUUCCCAAUAACGGUGCUGGAUGAGGACGAUUUAAUUGCUGAGCAAUGUACCGCGCUUUACAUGGAUAUAAAUCGCGCGUGGGAACCGCUACUCUCCGCAGCCAUGGGCUAUCCACUGUGAGCAGUUUAAAACAACAACAAAAAAACGUUAUGAAUUAAGUGAAACCAAAGGUGCAGUGUUGAGAAAAACAAAUAGAGAAGUAUUUUUUCAAAUUUGAAGCGAGAGAGGGAAAAAGUGUCAGUAAAUAAUAAUCAAGCAUUAUAAAAGCUUUCGUACACUCAAAACUUAACUCAAACCUAAUUACUCUAUGAACUACAUAUUUGCAUAUAUACAAAAACGAACAAAUAGUCACACAAACGAAAUGUACGGAUAUUACAACUAUUAUAAUAUGUGAGGUUAAGUUUGGAAAGUGUUUAAAAGUGAAAUUAAUUACGGUAGAUUGACAGAUGAUAAUUUUAGUUUUGGUGGUAUUUCUUUCAAAGUGCUGGAUUAAUAUUCCAAUGUUCUACAGGCAUAUAAUUUAACUUUGAGCACUACAAAAUGUAUAUAUUUUCAGCCUGCCUCAGUGUUUUUUUAUUGAAACGAUAAAUUUCACUCGCAAUUCCAAUUACAGUUGAACUUCCCUAACUCGAAUCACCAUAAUCCACAAAAAAAACCUCGAGUUAUGGAAGAUAAUUUGUAUGAUAUUUGAUUCCUAUUGCCAAUUCUAAAGUCCGAAUUAUGGAAGUUUAACUGUAUAUCAUAUUUUAUUAGAUAUACUAUUUUCCCCCAACAAAUGUAAUCAUUGCUUCUAAACAAAUGUGUUAUAACAGACAUACAUACAUAUAGUUUUGUACUGUCAAAGCGAAACUUAAUCAUUUCAUGCAACAUCGCCAUUACAUUUAAGUGUUUAUUUUAUAGUAAAUCGUGAUAUAUUCAUUUAAGCAUACAUAAAUAUUUUUAUUCUGUUACAACAAUAUUUACACCAAAUGUGUGUUAAUUUUUUAUAAUUUUAUUGAAAAUCCAAAAAUGUAAAUUUUUAUUGUAUUUAAGAUGAAAUGCGAAACUGUGGAAUAUAAUAUUUUUGAAUAUAAUAUUUUCGAAUUAUUUUAUAUAUACAAAUAUGUAAUUAUUCAUGCGUCAUUUGUAAUUCUUUGAAUAUAUUUAAUUAGCUAGACUUACAGUUAGAGAUGUUGGGUUUUCACAUCAUUUAACGCUUUCAUAUUGUGAUUUUUUUACAAUUUAUUGUAAGCUCAUUUUUUUACACAUUUAAGCAAGUUUUUUUUUAAAUGGCAUAUUUUUUCAUCUGUGUGUGUGUGCGUGCUGGGGCGUAUAAUAUGCACUUGUAGAAAACAGCACAAAAAACAUUAGCGAAAUAAUUAAUUCUCAAAUGGCAAUUGUUAUUGCGUACAAAUAUUGUAGUAUAAUGUAUUUUUUUAUUUAAUUCUUCGAGGGUUAUUUGCAAACUUAAAUAUAUAAUAAAUAAGACAUGCUACAUGAAUAACUCGUACUCACAAUAUAUUAAUAUAUAUUUAUGUAGCAUAUAGAAAGAUCGGCGUAAGCAAAAGAACAAGAGAGAUGAUUAUUAGAAAUGCAGAGUUCUUGAAAUAUUACUCAUGUGCGGGUAUUUUUGCAUUGCACGCAAUUUCAGGCAGCAGAACAAUAUAUACAUAAAUACAUAUACUGCAUAAGUUAUAUAAGCUCUAAUAUAAAUUAAUUUAAACAAAACUCUAUGCUAACUUGAAAUGCAAUACAUGAAUGGUAUUAUUAUAUACAUAUAUAUUAUUGCAUAUGCAAACAACAUACAUACGUACAUAUACAUACUUACACAUGUCUUGUCAAAUGUUAUAAGUUUUCAUACUUCGUAUAUAAUCGUAAAAGAAAUAUUUAUACUAUCCUAUACGCUUUACAUUUUUUAUUGCCUUUAUUAUUAUUUUUUAUUUACCGUUUAAUUUAUUUAAUUAGCUACUUUCAUCGCUUUUAUUUAUAAAACAUAUACAUAUAAAUAAUUUUUCGUUGCAUCGAAUUCCAUGCUGGAAUUUGCUUAAAAAAAUUGCUCAAAGCAAAAUGUGUUGCCUUCUGUUUGAACAUGAUAUUUAAAUAAAGUAAUUAUUGAUUGCGACCAGCUCAUUUCAAAUAUUUGAAAUGUGUAUAUGUAAAAUAUAUUUUUUAUCUUUUGCAAUAAAUAACUUUAGCUUUUUACAUAAAAUUUGGUUAAAAAAGUGUAAUUUGUUAAAUCACACAUUUUUUAUUAUAUUUUUAUGCUUUGCGUAAUUUAUUUACUUAAUGUAGAGCUGGUGGCAACUCUGUCUCAACAAUAAUUGCUGCUUAUUUGCCUUUAAAUUAUAUUUAUAAAAACCAAAUUAUAUUUGCAAACAUAUUUAUUUUGAUCGAUAUGCAAUUAUUACUGCAGCUCAUACUAUAAGAAACAAUAAUGAAAUAGUUGCGAAAACCAAAUGUAUCAAAUAAAAUAUGGUUAUUACCAAAGAGUAUCAAUU